CUUUUGACCUGCACAAGGUUGACCACUCUGCGCGGCACUCUUUCAUUGUCUCGCAAUGAGGCUGUGCAUUUUCGUGCGCGCCUUGAAUUGUCAACUGACAAUGCAAACAAUAUCCUCGAGAUGGUUACUUCCACUCGUACCAAAGUGGUUGGCCUGCGCAAUAAGCGUUCUUCAAAAGACUUAAUGAUCAGCACUCUGCGGGACAAUAUGGACAUAGCUUAUGCACAGGCCAACGCCACUCACAGCAAGGCCGAUAUGUCCUACAACAUAAUUGAAACUCCGCCGUGAACUGAACUUGAUGAAAAACGAGGCGGACAAUAUGCAGACCGACUUUGCCACACCCGGCUUUACGAUUGACACCUUACAGAACAAUCUCAAAUAUUAUCAUACCAAAGCAGCCACUUUAAAGCGCAAUCUCGAAUCUACACGUACCGAGACAGACACUGUGCAGAAAGAUAUUAAUUCCACUCGUGCUGAGACAGAUACUUUGUAAAGCAAGCUCAAGGAUACUCGCGCCGAGGUACAUACUUUGCAACGCAUCCUCGAGUCUGCUCGCGCUGAGUUGGACACUAUGCAGCACGGCCUGAAGUAUACUUGCGCUCAGGCAGACACUAUGCGGCGCAACCUCAACUCUUUUUCUGCCGAAGCGGACACUUUGCGGUGCAGCCUUAAAAAUACUUGCGCCGAGAUGAACACUGUGCACAACAACCUCGCCGCGGCGAACUCAACAAUU